CCUCCUUCACUCAUUGAUUUUGGUCUUAUUCCUCUUCUGACCCACGCCACUACUUCUUUUUAUUCCAGUACACAAAUUUCUCCUCCUGCUAUAGUACAUGCACCUCCAUGUUCACCGCCACUUGCCUUCUCAAAUCCACACCCCUCAUCUCCCCAACCUCCACCCAUCCUCUGCACCUAUACACGCCGCCCCAAGCCUUUCACCCUUUAUGUGUCUCUCGAUUGUUUUGACCCAAUCCCCCUAGCUGCUCCAUCUUCAUCGUCCACUUCACCUCCAAACCUCUCUCUCUCCACCUAGCUUCCUCAGUCAUCUACUACUGAAAAUCCACCACCACUUGAACCCACCCCACUUUGUCACUCCAGUCGCUAUAUUGCUCCACCAGUCAAGCUCAGCGACUUUAUCUGCUCCAAUGUUUACUCCCACCAAUCAGCCACCUUAUUGCCAGGUCCAACCAAAGGAGGGCAUGCGCUUCAAACUGCAAGCUCUCCAAGCUAAUGGCACUUGGUCUCUUACCUCAUUGCCGUCAGGCAAGACACCGAUUGGCUGUAGAUGGGUCUAUAAAAUUAAACAUCAUUCGGAUGGUUCUGUCGAGUGGUACAAAGCUUGUUUAGUCGCAUAUGGUCUCACUCAAUUAGAAGGAGUUAACUACCAUGAUAUAUUUUCUCCCACAACCAAAAUCUUCUAUGUCCGCUAUUUACUUUCCUUAACAGCAGCUCAUGGCUGGUCCCUACACCAGAUGUACACCCACAAUGCUUUCCUUCACGGAGCCCUAACUGAGGAGAUAUGCAUAUCUCUGCCACUAGGUCUUGGACUCCAGGGGGAACCAUCUAGUUUGUCGACUUCAUAAGUCACUUUACGCUUUAAAACUAGCAUCUUGUUAGUGGUUUGUCAAAUUCUCUGAAGUUAUGCACUUUGUUGGUUUUAUACAAUCAAGAGCUGAUUAUUCUCUAUUCAUCAGGAAGCAGGGUAUGUCCUUUACUGUUUUCUUGAUAGAUGUUGAUGAUAUUCUGAUAACUGGAAAUGAUCCUGUUAACAUUACUACAACUAAACAAUUCCUGCAUAAACAUUUUCAUAUCAAAGAUCUUGGUGAUUUAAAACACUUUCUUGGAAUUUAGGUAUUUGCUUCAAAGAAUGAGAUUUUUAUUUCAUAAUAUAAAUAUACAGUGGAAGUCAUUAACGAUGCAGGGUUGUCAAGUGCUACUCCUAUUAAUACUCUCAUGGAAUGGGGCUUGAAAUUAUCAGACAAGGGCACCCUGCUAAAAAAUACAAACCGUUAUAAAAGAUUGGUGGGUCAUUUAAAUUAUUUGACUUUAUCAAAGCUAGACAUAACGUAUGAUGUACAUGUCCUGAGUAGAUUUAUGCAACAGUCCUGAAAAUUUUAUAUGGAAGCAGCUAUUUGAGUUGUUCGAUAUCUAAAAGGUACACCUGGCCGAGGCUUAUUUUUCUCUUCCAAUAAUGGCUUGAAGUUGAGAGCUUAUUGUGACUCAGAUUGGGUAGGCUGUCCACUCACUGGGAGAUCUACAAUAGGCUAUUGUGUUUUUUUUUUUUACUAUCACUGAUAUCCUAAAGGUCGAAGCAAUAGAAAAAAGUUUUGCUCUUUUCUGCUGAAACAGAAUACUAAGCAAUGACAAGAGUCUGCUUUGAGUUAACAUGGCUGCAAUGUCUACUGAAAGACUUGGAAAUUUCACACCGUGAAUCUGCCUUGCUAUAUUGUGACAAUAAGGCUGCGUUAUACAUUACAGCCAAUUCAGUGUUCCAUGAGAGAAUAAACAUAUUGAAAUGGAUUGUCAUUAUAUUAGAGACAAAAUCCAAGAUGAUUCCAUUACUACAAAACAUGUUAAUUAUGUACAUCAACUAGAAUAUAUCUUGACCAAACCCCUAGAAAAAGAGAUCUUUGUUCCUGUGGUUUGCAAGUUAGGAGUGGAGGAUAUCCACUCUCCAACUUGAGUGGGGAGUAUUAGGAAAUCAAAUCUAAGAAUAGUAGAGUUGUAUAAAAUAGAAGAUAUGUAUUUAUUUACUUUCUAUUGUAAUGCCUAGUAUGUCGUUGUUAGGGCUACAAUAUAACAACUGAUUCCUGACUUGUAAUAAUCAAUUGCAGCCUCCCUGUAUAUAAGUACAUGGUUGAAUAUCAAUAACAAUCACUUCUGCAAAUUCAGUAUUUCUUCUUCAUUCUUCUCACGUUGUCACAAAGAAUCAAAAGUUGGAAAAAAAAUGUGCUUGCUCCUCUUGCAGAUCUCGUCAUUUAUGACGGCGCCAUCCUUAUAGGAAAGCAGACCUGUAGCCUUCCUAAAUAUAAAGGUCUAUAUUGUGUACAUGGGCUCGCUUCCUACGGGUGAAUACUCACCCACUUCUCACCAUCUCAGUCUUCUUGAAGAAAUUGUCGAAGGAAGAUCUUCGGAUGGUGCGCUAGUUAGAAGCUAUAAUAGGAGUUUCAAUGCAUUUGCAGCCAGACUCAGUCAUGCGGAGGUAGAGAGAAUCUCUGGCCUGAAGGAAGUGGUGUCUGUAUUCCGUAGUAGAAGAUCUCAACUUCUGACGACAAGAUCAUGGGACUUCAUGGGGUUUCCUGAAAAUGUGAAAAGGAACCCCACAGUAGAAAGUAAUAUAAUCAUUGGGGUUAUUGACGCAGGAAUCUGGCCUGAGUCAGAGAGUUUUGCUGAUAAAGGUUUUGGUCCUCCUCCUGCAAAAUGGAAGGGGACUUGUGCUGGUGGCAAGAAUUUUACUUGCAACAAUAAGAUCAUUGGAGCUCGAGUUGAAGACACUUCAGGGGCUGAAGCUACCGCAAGGGACAAUGAUGGCCAUGGUAGCCACACAGCAUCAACAGCAGCUGGCAACACAGUAUCAGGCGCGAAUUUUUACGGACUGGCUCAAGGAAAUGCCAGAGGAGCUGUUCCAUCAGCAAGGAUUGCUGUUUACAUGGCCUGUGAGGAGUUUUGUGAUGACCAUCAAAUACUUGCUGCCUUUGAUGAUGCCAUUGCUGAUGGGGUUGACAUAAUCACAAUUUCAAUAGGGAAGGGUGUCCCAUUUCCAUAUGAAAAAGAUACUAUUGCCAUAGGGGCCUUUCAUGCAAUGGAGAAAGGGAUACUCACUGUACAAGCAGCAGGAAACAGCGGUCCUGAUCCAUUUACUGUAUCAAGCCAUGCACCAUGGAUAAUUUCAGUUGCAGCUAGCAGCACAGAUCGUCGGAUAAUUGAUAAGAUAGUUCUAGGGAAUGGACAGACCUUCGUUGGAAGCUCUGUUAAUUCUUUUGCACUAAAUGGAACAAAAAUCCCUCUGAUUUAUGGAAAAGCUGUCACGAGUAAUUGCACCGAGUAUGGUGCUUGGUCUUGCUGGAGUAAUUGUAUGAACAGUAGCUUGGUGAAGGGAAAGAUUGUCAUAUGUAAUAUGACAGAUACAUCAGUGACAGAUGAAGCUCUUAGGGCCAGGGCCCUUGGCUCAAUCAUGUUGAAUGACACAUUUGACGAUGUUUCCAUUGUAGUGCCCUUACCUGCAUCUAGUUUGAACCCUCAUGACAGCGAUUUGGUGAUGUCCUACUUGAAAUCUACAAAAAAUCCUCAAGCAACGAUAUUGAAAAGUGAAGUUACAGAACAUAAUACGGCUCCUGUAGUUGCUUCCUUCUCAUCACGCGGUCCAAAUAAAAUUGCACCUGAGAUUUUGAAGCCGGAUAUAAGCGCACCAGGAGUAGAAAUAUUGGCUGCAUAUUCUCCAGUUGCUUCUCCAUCAGAUAAUGCUGAUGAUAAGAGGUCUGUGAAGUAUAACGUAGUGUCUGGGACCUCCAUGUCUUGUCCACAUGUUGCUGGUGCUGCUGCUUAUGUUAAAUCAUUUCAUCCAAAUUGGUCUCCUUCAGCCAUCACAUCUGCUCUAAUGACCACUGCUUUGCCUAUGAACACUGCCAAGCAUGCAGAUGCUGAAUUUGGAUAUGGAGCAGGCCACAUAAACCCGAUAAAAGCUGUAGAUCCUGGUUUUUUGUAUGAAGCUACCAGAGACGAUUAUAUAAGAAUGCUGUGCAGUAUGAAUAAUACUCAUUUCAGUAAAUGUCCGCGGCACAUUGAAGGAUCUCCAAAGGAUCUGAAUUAUCCUUCAAUGGCAGUUCGAGUUGAAGAAAACAGGGCUUUCACUGUUAAAUUUCCAAGAACAGUCAGAAAUGUUGGACUCGCCAAGAGUUCAUACAAAUCAAACAUCACAACAGGUUCUCAGAUUAAUGUUAUGGUGGAGCCAAGCAUUCUGUCGUUCAAGUCGGUGGGUGAGAGUCAAUCAUUUGUUGUCACAGUGGCUGGGAAAGGAUUGCCAGCAAAUUCCAUGGUAUCUUCAUCACUGGUUUGGAAUGAUGGCACGCAUAGUGUGAGAAGUCCCAUUGUGGUUUACACAAUUAAACCUUCAAACUGAAUGCCUUCAUCGCAUUUUAUUUUCUUUAAAUGGCGAAUGAUUUUUCUUUUUCAGUUUCAAAUCUGAAAAUCAAAGUAUGAUGAAAGUUGUCUUCUAUUUAGAGAUUGAAUAGAGUCCAGCGGUUGUCUUCUUUUUCAGUUUACACAAUCAAGUCCCAUUUCAGCUUUAUGUAAAACUUCAGAGAUUGAACAACCCUAUCCUCACUAUAUGCUGCUGAGUGAGAAUCUCUCUAAUAAUGGCAAGACAAUAUUACAAAUAUUU